UUUUCGAAUUUGAAAUCAUCCCAUAGUAGUUGUGUAUGUAAUCCAUCCCACACCCACAGUAAAUGCUUUCAACUCUUUUGGUGAAGGGAUCUGAUUGGAUAUUUCUUUUGUUUGUUUCUGUUUCCCUCUGUCACCCCAGUAAAGCAAAAAAGCAACAUCACAUUCCUCCCCUCCCUACACACACACAAGAAAGAGAGAGAACCCUAGGUAACCAACCCUUUUCCUUCACCAUUGCUUGAUUCUGGGAAGAUAAAAGCUUCUUGCUUCCGAAGUAAAUUACAAAUCAAAAUUUAGUAGCCUAUUAGCCACAAAAGUUGGAACCUUUUGAGAGUCCCCCAACUAAGUUAUAAAGUCAGAGUUUUUAUGGAUCGAAGAGAAGCAAUGGCGUUAUCCGGGUCGGGUUCUUACUAUAUCCAAAGAGGAAAUCCCGGUUCAGGUCCUCCUCCUCCGCAGACUCAACCGACGUUUCACGGAUCACAAGGGUUUCACCAUUUCUCCAAUUCCAACUCUCCUUUUGGGUCUAACCCAAACCCGAACCCUGGUGGCGGCUCUGCUGGAUUCGUGUCUCCUCCUUUACAAGUUGAGUCUUCUCCGGCCGAUUCUUCAGCAACGGCGGGAGCCGCGGUUGCUCCUCCUCCGUCGGGUGACACUUCUGUGAAGCGCAAGAGAGGACGGCCUAGGAAAUAUGGACAAGAUGGUUCUGUUUCGUUGGCAUUGUCUCCUUCCGUCUCCAACGUUUCUCCAAACUCUAACAAACGUGGCCGUGGAAGACCUCCUGGCUCCGGCAGGAAGCAACGGCUAACUACUGUUGGUGAAUUGAUGCCUUCAUCGUCUGGAAUGAGCUUCACACCGCACGUAAUUGUAGUUUCUAUUGGUGAAGACAUUGCAUCAAAGGUUAUUUCUUUCUCACAUCAAGGUCCAAGAGCAAUAUGUGUCUUAUCCGCUAGUGGUGCUGUCUCUACUGCAACUCUUCUUCAGCCACCACCAUCCCAUGGAACUAUUACAUACGAGGGUCGUUUUGAGCUCAUAUCUCUCUCAACUUCUUAUCUGAACACAACUGACAAUGACUACCCAAACCGCACUGGAAAUCUAGCGGUCUCACUUGCUAGCCCCGAUGGUCGUGUCAUUGGUGGUGGAAUUGGAGGUCCUCUAAUAGCAGCAAGUUCGGUUCAGGUCAUCGUUGGGAGCUUCAUUUGGGCAGCUCCGAAAGGGAAGACUAAAAAGCGAGAAGAAACUUCUGAAGAUGUCCAAGAUACUGAUGCUUUGGACAACAAUGAUAACACAGCAGCAGCGUCACCUCCUGUUCCUCAGCAAAGUCAAAACCUUGUUCAGACUCCUGUAGGCAUUUGGUCAACCGGUUCAAGGUCAAUGGAUAUGCAUCACGCCCAUAUCGACAUUGAUCUUAUGCGUGGAUGAUUCAUGUAUAUAUAAGCAUUGAAUCUAGGAGAAGAAGAUUUAAACUUGAGCUAACCUCUUUGAAAAAAAAGUCUAUUUGGUUGUUUAGGAAAGAAAAGACUUAGUAAUUUUAGGAAUUCUUCGUGUGUUUUCGAGCUUUUAAUUAGUCUUUGGUUUCUUGACUUGUGAUGAACAGGAAAAAAUUUCGCUUGUUGCUUA